GAAUCAAACCAUAAACAAAUUCAGACCUGUUCAAAAAUGCCUAGCGUCUUUAUGUUACAAUGAAAACACCAGAAAAGCAAGAGGUGGUAUCAGCGAGUUUCGACUCCUCAGACGAAGAAAGUAGCGAGCUAGACUUAUCUCCAUUUAAGAUAUCAUGGUUGGAUUUGUCGUUCCUAAACUGCAGUGCCAAGUUUGGUGUGUGUGCUCUUCCAGGCUGCAGAUUUAAAGACACCUGGAGAAGUUUGGAGAAUGACAUAAAAGCUAUCAGACGAGAGGAGGUGACCGAUGUGUUCUGUUUGUGCAGUAAGGGUGAGCUCAACAAAUACCGUGUACCAUGGCUUCUACACGAACUGUCUGCAACUGAAAUCACUGUUCACCACCAUGCUUUCCCUGAUGGACAGGUCCCCAGCUUUCCAUUACUGAUGAAGAUUGUCGACGAAAUUCACUCCAAUCUUAUGAACAAUAAGACAUCUCUUAUACAUUGCUAUGGAGGACUUGGGCGAUCAUGUCUUGUGACAGCCUGUCUGUUGAUGGUGAUGGACCCGGGUAUGGAGCCUGAUGUAGCCAUACAGAAGGUGCGGGACUUACGAGGCCACGCUGCUGUCCAGUCAGUGAAGCAAUACAACUUUUUACACGACUUCCGAAAUUCUUUAGAGGAGUAUAACAACGACACGGAAGAAGGAAAGCGAUCUUUAUCAAGAUAAGGACAUCGUGACUUAGGAGCUUCUCUUCCUACAGCUGCACUUCAAAAGUUACUUUCUGAAAAGUCUUCUACCGGUGGCUUACUCUGCUGUUAUCAACAAAAGCACUACCAAUACUCUCUAAACAUUGAUUACUGUUAUCAACAAAAGCACUACCAAUACUCUCUAACAUUGAUCACUAAAACAGUUUUAAAUUGAUCAUACAUUUUGUCUGUCAGUUUCCAUCAGUACCUGGAAUUUCAUUUAAUCACUCCUAAACUGUAUAUAACAAGCUUACUUGGUCCAUAGAACCAUGAUGAGUGUGUACCCAGGCAUGUGAUCUGUCAUUAUUCGUCCAUCUAGCAACAUUUAUUUUAGUGGUCUACAAGUAGACUUUGUCCAAGUCUGACCAGGAACAUUAGUUAGUGAAGGGUCUCAAUAUUGUAAAAAUGGAUGGAAAUAGCCCAGUAGGAUAUUAAAGGUAAAUCUUUAAAUUCACAGAGUGAUUGCUCUCGGGUCCAACAGUUGGGCUAUAUUCUAUUCCCUUAGCUGCAAUUUUGUCUUCAUGUUUGGAUAUUAGUGUCAGAGAAUUAAAUUGCUCUGUCAUUUUCUAUAUCCAUAUACUUAUUCUCAGGGCAAAAAUCAUGCUGGAUGGAAAAACCAGUAUGUUACGGGAACAAAAUGGAAUCAAAAUCGAAAACAUAUUCUGUAAAUGUAAUAUCAUUUUCUGACAGUACAUGUAGUAUAUGUUUGGCCCAAGCUUUGUGUCAGCAAAUCUCAUUGUGCCCGAGAUGUCAACAUUUUAAUAGUUGGUGAUUUGUAAAUACAACAAAAAUAUCAGUGGUAUUGGCAAUUUAUAUGCAGGUUUGUACUCAUUUACAUUGCAUAGGUAUUGUCUGGUAACCAUGAAUGACCCAAAGGGUAAAACUUUGUGUAUAAAGAAUAUUUAGUAAAGAUCAUCAUUUUUGCUUAUUAGUCCACUACUGGUGAAACCAGAAGGACUAAAGCCUUCCUUUCCUUCCUUCUUCUUGUACAUAUGUACCUAACGCCAAAGUUUGUCAGUGCUCCGUGCUUCCGUGAGGAUUCUAAUCGAACUUCACACAAUGAUAAAGGACCAUAACAUCUCGAACAAGUUCAAGUUUCAGUGUUUUUGAGUAAAGGUCAAGGUCACAGUUACUAUUUUCAGUGGGGGCUUGUAGGGACAUACCCAGUAUGCUUUUUUCAGAAUAUCCUCAAUACAUAUAUGUAAUUGAAGAAACGGAGCAAAGCUUGUAAUAACCUGUUUUCUGAGUCUGGUGUGAGGGUUUACUACUGGUUUACUUACAUAUACUGGUACAAAGGGUAACCAUGAAUUAUAAGUCUUCAUACGCUAUUUUAGGUCUUAGUGAGGCGUAGCAAUGAGGAAUACACUGAAAACAUUAUUGCGAAUUUAGUAGCUACCUUGCAUUUAGUCUGAAUGAGUCUAUUUAUCCACUACCUACAGUAUACUAAAGCAGAUAAAAAGUACCAUUUGGACUGCCCAGUUUUAGGAUGCUAGAUACAGAAAAUUGAAAAAUAAAAAAAAAUAAAAAUUACGAAAUACAACAGUUUCAGUAGUUGUAGCUAUUAUGUAUGAAAGACCUAUUAAAUUAAGAGAAAUGUCACUUAUAAAAUCAGUGAUCAGUUCAUUCAGAAUAUGCUUGCUUUAGUUAUUACUGUAUUUCCUGUUUGAAAUGAAAUAGAACAUAUUUUCUUUUAUGAUAAUUUUAAUGCUAUAAAGUUUUAAGAUUUUCAUUUCACAAGAGUGAACUUAAAGCACCUUGAUGUGUUCCUGUCCUUAUGUAAGCCAAAAUAGAAUGACAAAUUAUUUAUGAUUUAAUUUUAUGCAUGUAUCUAUUACAUCAAUACUUUCUGGAGAAGCAUAGGUACUACUAUGAUAUGCAGUAUAUCAAAAUGUAUGUGGUAUCUAAAUUUUACUUAGGGUGUUAUUGAGAUAUACAUGUUAUCAUUAAUGAUACGGGGCAAUGCAAUACCUGUAAACUUUUUAUGUUGAUGAAAACAUGUGUAAGUAAUUUAUAUGCAUGUGUACAUUUCCAUUUUCAUUCAUAAUAAAUGGAGCAAAAUAUA